AAAUCAGAAUCGAUUGUGCGGUGCCUCAACAACACUUUCCUUCCAAUCAAAAUAAAUGAGUGUGGAGGGUAUUUUUACAAAUCAAAAUAAAUAUCAAUGAAGCGAAAUUUUCUGUGUAUUGCAUUGUUAAACGUUUUUAACAAUAACUGUGCCAUGAUGUCUACGCAUAUUAACAGUCGCAGUAGAAUUUAUCCACGUUCCUCAGUAGAGAGAUUUUCAGUACCUGAUGAUAAAGUAAGUUGGUCUACCGAGUACGAAGCGUACCGACCGGUGAAUUACACCUCUCCAGAUAUACAGGGAAGGCCAUGGGCUGACCCUGAAAUUGGACCCAAUUUUAAACCCCUUUGGAAUAAACUGGAUGGUAAUGUUGACAGAUCAAGCCAUAUGGGUGAAUACAAAAUUGUUGAUGGGUAUCCACAAAACCCGAUUGGAAGAACUGGCAUAGUAGGCCGAGGUGUGCUUGGACGAUGGGGCCCCAACCAUGCCGCAGACCCCAUUGUAACAAGAUGGAAGAGGAUGGCCAGUGGGGAUAUAGAAACUGAUUCAUCUAAUAAGCCAAUUCUGCAGUUUGUUGCAAUCCGAAGACGUGAUUCAGGAGAGUGGGCUUUACCUGGUGGCAUGGUCGAUCCAGGAGAAAAGGUGGCUACUGCUGCUCUCAGAGAAUUUCAAGAAGAGGCUUUGAACUCCUUUGCCAUGACCAAUGAUGAAAAAAGUGCAGUGCUCCAAAGGUUCAAUACAUUUUUUAGUCAAGCAGAUGAAGUAUAUAAGGGUUAUGUUGAUGACUGGAGGAACACAGACAACGCAUGGAUGGAAACCGUUGCCUUUAACUUUCAUGAUGAACCUGGAACUACUGUAGGGAUGUUGAAACUGCAUGCCGGAGAUGAUGCUGUGGGGGUCCGCUGGGUGGACAUCAUACCGGAUCUCCAGUUGUAUGCAAGCCACGGCAGCAUUAUAAGGGAAGUGUACAAAAGACAUAUUUCUAAACCAGCUACAAAUAAACAUGUGAGAUCUUUAUAA